AUGGCGCGGACCAGAUCGUCGAGCAGGUUGAGGUGGAUCCAUCCGUCGUACUACCUGAGGCGCCCCAAGCGGCUGGCUCUCCUCGUCAUCGCCUUCGUCGUAGUGUCCAUCGGCGUCUGGGAUCGGCAGACCCUCGUCCGCGAGCACAAGGUGUGUUCUCCCCCCCUCGCCGUCGUUUUCUCGCACACGUUGGUGCUGAUGAUUCGCUUUCGUUGGAGGACAAAUCUCUUGAUAUUGAUAUCCUUCCUUGUCAAUUUGAGCCAAUGUAGCGUUCUGCCUUUUCUGAGAUUAGAUGGAGAAGGGUAACCCGUGCAUGAUCUGUCAUUAACGGAGAUUUCAAUUGCACGAGAUUGGGAAGUCACCACAUUCUUGCGUACACACCUUCCAGAAAUACUGGAAAAUUUCUUCCCGGAGAGUAACGUGAGCUUUAAUUUUGCGAGGAAGAGGAUACCUUUCUGCUCGCCCACUGGCCUCACGAGUCUCCUCUCCAUUGGUUUCUACCUUUCUCUCGUGAUGAGAUGAACGCAGGAGCAUUUUCGAGGAUAUUUUCCGCUGGUGUUAAACUGUGGGCGACUAGUACCAUCCGAGAUAUGUACAUUGUCGUGGAGAGAUAUAUUGCUAUACAUCUUUACACUUUGCUCCAUUGAACCAGUGUAUGAAAAAAGUUUCUUUCUUGACAACACAACGUCAUUCUUAUAUAUACAUGUGUGCACUCAUACAAGUGUGUGUCCCUUUUUGAUAUUCAUCUUGAUUUUUUUAACAAAUGGGUAUUAAUGGGUCACUUUUUUUUGCAGGAAGAAAUUUCUAAAUUAAAUGAGGAUUUGUCUCAACUACGCCAUCAGGUAACUAUUUAUGUCCCCAUCAUGGUUGUCUUUUAAUUGCUUGACUUUGUGUCAUCUGAGAGAGUCAGAAGAGACGUCUCUAAUCUUUACCAAAUGUAUAUAGCUACAACAAUUAACAGGGAGUCCAGGGGAUGUUAGUGAGAACAUUCUUGAGAAAUUAGAUGCAUCACCCAAGAAGAUUGCUUUUCAUGACGAUCCUCUUGAUGCUGAACGUAGAGGGAAGGUAAAAGAAGCGAUGCUUCACGCCUGGAGCUCCUAUGUAAAGUACGCCUGGGGCCAAGAUGAACUCCAGGUUAGCUGCGAGCUUGAGAUGUAUAUCAAUCGCUGUUAUAGUCAACGCCUUGAGGCGCAUCAUAUCUUUUUAUUAUAUAAUUUAUAUCAAUAUAUGUUAUUCUGGGCAGCCUCAAACCAAGAAUGGUGUCAAUAGCUUUGGUGGUCUUGGAGCAACUCUGGUGGACUCCCUCGACACAUUGUACAUAAUGGGCCUUCAUGACCAGUUUAAAGAGGCUAGAGAGUAUGUCUUCUGUUGCUAAAAUGGUGGCCUUUUUCUUAAUUUCCUACUGGUCUUCAUUUUUUUCAUUCAUGUAUGUUUUCUGAUGAUGGAAUGAACCGCAGCUGUUUUAAUGAAAGGCGAAUUUACAACACACGCAUAAGAAACGUGCUGAAAAUUUUUAAAAUAAAUAAAUAUCCCAAUAGUCAGCUGGAGGCUAAAUUAUCUCUAAGAGUAACGAACAUAAAUUACUCACUUUUUUUUUUGAGAUGGAGGCAAAGGGAAGUAUAUUGGAACUCUCAACAUUGGCUACAGUAUCCCCUUCAUCAAUAAGGUCCUUUCCUUUGGAGAUGAUAUCUUUGAUGACAGUCAGACUCUUGAAAUUUAUUUUAUUACUCUUUCGUUGUUGUACUUAGAUGUUUAUGACCGAAGCUGCCACCAUUGAAUUUUCAUCUAUUUUUUACCCAUUUUUUUCUAUUUCCGUGUAAAGUAUUCAUCUUCAGUACAUUCAAAGUAUCAUAUCUCAGAGGCAUUGAAAAUCAUUCACCUCAUGAGAUGGAAUUUUUUUGGCCGCAACAAUCGAAAAGUGUUUUCCUUUGCUUGUUGCAUCAAAAAUCUAAAUUACAGGCCUCUGAUAAAAAACGUGCAGUUCUCUUCAGAUUUGGAGAAAGAAAUGCUCUAAUUUCCUCCAUUAAAUUUUUUGAAGGUAUCCCUGAUGCUAUUUUGGCAAUAUAUAUUUUUUAGAAAUCAGCUUCAUUUAGGAAUUUUCCAAUAAACGAUUUUCAAAGGAAAGUUCUUAUCUUGGUAGGAAUCUCAUCUAUACCAUGCGACAAUUUUACUUAAACCUUCCAUCCUUUUUCAUUGUUGCCUAUCACACGACUGAAACUUUUCCUUUUUCGAUGGUCCAUGUCCAUUCUCUGUAACCUUUUUUCUUUCAUUGAGUUGUUGAUAUGUGCUGUCGGAUGCCUGCUUCAAUGUGAUGAAAACACCAGUUCCUUGUUCAGUGAUAUUUCUUCUGACUUUAAGACUCCAUCCUUGAUCCCUUGCAGACUUCUUGAGUUUUGCAUUUGGAGCGAUCUUACAGAGGUUGUCAAUCCAUCUGACCAAAUAUUCCUUCAGAUCCUGACAGAUUUGACCUCUUCAAUCUAAAAAAUAGAGGAAAAUGUCAUUCUAUCCUACUUUUAUACCAAAGUUUCCCCAACUCUACCUUCAUAAUGGUGAAGAACUUGAAUUAGAAAAUUCAUCUAGUUUACUUCUGGACUUCUCCAAUGUCCCAGGAUGUAGCCUUGAUCUAGUCCAAAGGAACCAGACCUAGCUGUCUUUUGCUGUAAACAUUUUAUAGUCAGAACAGAAUGGGCCGAUUCUUUAUUCAUCAUAUUCGACUGGGGAUCAGAUGAACCAGAAUCUAAUGAGGAUCUUUCUGAGCUGAUCUCACCCAAUGCCCAGUUUGUGUUCCUAAGUUUGCAUGCAUGCUGUCAAGGAGAAUGCAUAGCUUAAAGGUGAGAUCAUUUAAAGGAUGAAGAAUAAAAUUUUGCUGUAAGAUAAAUCCAGUCAGUAGGAUAUUGAUUUUCUACAUUUAUCCCGAACUUUUGUGGGAAGAAAUAAAAAGAGAGAACUAGUUGCGAAGGGAUUGAUUCAUUUGAAGCCAUAGCUUAACUGAAUCGAUUCCCUUUUGACAGAGCUGAACAAAUAUAUCCUUAUGUACAAUCAAAACUUGGAAACUUUUUCACAUCACAUAUUAUAGUUAGAGGAUCUAAGUGUAAUAUUGUAAUAACUAAGGGUAUCAUAGAAAUCUGUAUGCAGGGUUCGUCCCUAUUUAAGGGACAUUAAGAGUGAAUGAAUGAGUGAGGUGGUCUGUCGUUCUCCCCUCUGUCCUCUGGGACAGAGGUUUCUCUCCAUGAUUUUACAAUAGUCAUGAGUAUAUUUUAUGGAUAAAUUAAUUAAUUUUUAUUCAAAUAUGUUUUCCUAUGAUAUGAAACUGUUGGCCUGUAAAUAUUUUAAUUUGAAGGGGGAAGAACGAUGGUAUGCAUCUAUAAAUGUCUCCCUAAAUAUUUUAGUGGUAAAAAUGCUGAUAGUAAAACUUCUGGAUGCAUGCCCUUCAGUAAAAGUAUGACUUUUAGAAACCAAUUGCUUCACGGUCGAAAAUGGGCUAAACUAUUGUAGUUACAAACGGUUCUGGUUUUGGUCAUUACCAGAUGCCUAUUAAUAUCUUACCUUUACUUAAACCUUUAUGUUUUACAGGGUAGUUGUUGAAAACUUGAAAUAGGAAAUACCAUAUCCUCCUUGGAACACAAAAGAUGUGGCACCAAUCUUAUCCAUCGUAGUACCGAAGCGACUAAAUGCUUUUUUUGACUGUUCUCCAUUUGAUAUUCUGUUUUAUUACCUUUUGAUGGCAGGUGGGUUGCGAACUCCUUGGAUUUCAACAAAGACUAUGAAGCCAGUGUCUUUGAGACAACCAUAAGGUCGUGGUGUGAGGUUUUGGUUUUUUAAUUGUUCUAUAUACCAUGAUUUCUUAACCGCAGUUAUCUUUUGCUUGAGACAUAUCUUUUUUACCGUUUGACCAUUUGCAUAAUUAUUUGGCUAGCUUAGCAUGCUACUCAUUUGGACAACAUAAGUGUGAUGUUCAAGUAUUUUAUCCCAUUCAUAUCAGAAGUAGAAACAUUCUAAAGCAAUGGAAAUCGGAAAUAUCUUAAAUCAGCAUCUCACAACUGCAUUUGUGCUUUUUUUUUUUCUUAGGUACUUCAGCUCAAUCAAAGAACAGUUGGUGGGCUCUUAUGUGAAUAUUAUGUUGCAAUAGUACACAUGCCUAUUUCCUUACACCUAUCUUUUGCACUUUAAUUACAGGGUGGUUGGUGGUCUGUUGAGUGCAUAUGAUCUCUCUGGAGACAAGCUAUUUCUUUCAAAAGCUCAAGAUAUUGGAAACAGGCUGUUACCUGCCUGGGAUUCACCGUCUGGAAUCCCUUACAACAGUAUAAAUUUGGCGCGUGGCAAUCCACACAAUUUUGGAUGGACAGGGGUAUGUUCUUUUUCACACACUUAAUAGGUGCUCUCAUUGGACUUGUUGCGUUCAACAAUGACUAUUCUCUAAUGUCAAUUGACCUAAUUGACUUCUUAAAACGUGCAAAGAUGUGUUGAAACAGUGGAGCAUGAACCAUUAAUAGUAUGAGAGCUUGACUGUCGAAACUGCUUGUUGAUAUUACUAUCUUUGGACUGUAAAUCAUUUCAGCAUUUAGCAAUCAUUCAACUACUUUCUUAGAAUCACUUUCUGAUUUAUUAAAUUCUGGUUAGGCUAUUAAAAUCGAUAUGGUUAGUAUCUCAAUAGAUCUUAAAUAUGCAUGUUAGAUGAUCGAUUUAUGUCUGUUGUACUCUAAUCCAUGUAUCGAGUGUUACAUGUAUUGAGAACAGAUUUAGUCUGAUUAUACUAGUAGGUGUAUUUGCCUAAUCCUGAUCUAAUUAUUCUAUCUUUUUUUAUUUUUCUGAUCAGUUUUUUGAUAUAUCUACUUUCUUGAAUAUUCUUCCUCGCAUUUGGUCAAUCUUUCCCUAAAAUGGGCUUACUCUGACUUAUAUUGCCCCAUUCAAUCCUUCAAAGCAGGCAUCCCUUUCCUUUCUUGAGUACCCAACAUAACCAAGAUCAACGAGUGAAUGGCAUGAUGGAUCAUCAAACCAACUAGUCAAUCCAUAUUUAAGAAAAGGACACAAUUCAGACUUUUUAUACAUUUAGUGAAAGCCACUUAAAUCUUCACUACUUUAAUUUGACAAACAAGUCACUUUAUGUGGGAUCCUGCUGACAACUACUAAGUUAUGCAUUAGAAUUUGUCCAUCUUUUUAUGUAUGAAGAUUUCUCUUAAGUUCUUCAAACAGAUUUAUUUAAACACGCUUUUCCAAGUUGUGUUCCCUUAUUGUCUUGUAUGUCUCAUUGAUGAUGUCCCACGUAUGUCAUGUCCUAGUUGGUAUCUAAGACAUCAUGGUGAUUGCAACAUCCAAAGGUUCUUUAUUGUUCUCUUUCCCCAGAUUUUCAUCGUCCACUCACAUUUCAAUUAAUGGCCAUAAGACAGUACUUGAAAUUCUAGUCAAUCAAUGGUUCAUCAUGCAAAAACAUUCCUUCACCUGGUCAUGUUCAAUUUAUCAGAGGUGUAUUUGCAAUCAAUCAUACAUUGAUUCUCUUCUUGAGUACACUAAAUAUUAUAUUGGAAAAUUCCAAACCGACAGGCUUCACUGAAAUGUCAUUUUGUGAGGGGCUUGGAUUGUGGGCAGCAGAAAACCUAAGAUCCCAGGUAGUAGACAAGAAUAAUAUGAAGCCCACGCUGUUUAUCCUUAUUUAACUGGGAUACAAUAAAACUGGAUGUCUCCUUGGAUUUCUAAGAAAAAGUAAAAUGCAAUCUUAGGAACUUUUUGAAUAAUAUUAAUACAUGACAGUAAAGAGAGUUGUCAGCAAAAAGGUAGAUUGCUGAUUUUGAAGAAAAUCUGUAAAACUUGCACAAAUGAAAAACAGAUACUUAUUAUUAUUUCUUGCUAUGCAUGCCUGUAAUGUCGUAUCUGAUGCCCUUGGCUCCAAAUGGAAUAUGUUUGGAGAAAUUCGUAAAUACAAAUUCCGCAGAUUUUCAGUUAGAUAAAAAGAUCCAUCAUACUUGUUUUUCUAUAUAAGAAGUUCACAAGCUUUGCAUUUAUUCUACCAGGGCGAUAGUAUCUUAGCAGAUUCGGGCACCGAGCAGCUCGAAUUUAUUGCUUUAUCCCAGAGGACAGGUGACCCUAAGUAUCAGCAGAAGGUAGUUUCACUCGACGCUGGUGUAGAAAUGACGCUUACUAUUUUUAUUCCAGUUUCUUUGAUAACAUUUUUUCCGAUAGUUUUGUUAUUUGUAUGUUACUAAGAGUGAUUCAGUUACUACAAGUAUUUUUCUCCCAUUCUUGCUUGGAGUAGAAAAGCAUGUCCAAGUCAGAAGGUAGCCAAAGCGUCGUGUCGGUAGUUCCUGAUUGUUUCAUAAAUCGAAGGCCCUAGGUCCGAAUAAUUGGCAUCCCUGGUGCUUCAGGCCUUGCCAACUUUUUUUAAUCUGCUAAAUGAUUAAAUAUCUCACGAAAUAAGGGUAGAACACGCAUUGCAGCAAAUCGCAAAUUCUGAGGUCGGGGAAGUACCAUAAAAAUAAGUAACCUGAUGAACUUUUGCAGUGUGGUUCAAAAGGGGUAAAAAAGAAAUAGUUAUACAGUAAAGACACUAAGGAGAGGUAUCGUUUCUUCAGGGAUGAUGAAGAAAACUUAAACCUUCAUGGCAUGUGGUUCCAAGCCCUCUACCGUUGAUCAGGCAAAAUGGGUUUUAUUCUUCUAAUUAUUUUUGGAACUAUAUUGUCUUACCAACAUAUUCUCUAGUCAAUUAGAUUUCAAGUUAUUACCUUCAAUUUAUUUCUAUAGUUUUUUAAAAUAUAUUUUAAAGCAUAUGCUUUGAAAAAUUCGUGAUUCAUGUGGAAUCCUGCGAAAUAUUUAGAUCUUUAGAAUUAGUUAGUAAUUGAUCUCAGGCACCAGAUGUUAUGAAAUAGUGCAUUAACAAAAAGACAAAAAAGCAUCCCGCAUUUUCUGUCAAUAAUAGAACAAAAAUCUCUUCUUUCACUUAGUGGAAAGUGGGCACCUAAACAUUUAUUCCCGUCAGUAUAUGCAUAAAUAUAUAUAUAUAUAUAUAUCAAAAAUAAGAGUGAUACGUAUAGAAUCAGUUUUUGUUGAUAUCCCUUACUCAUUAAAACCAAAUAAUUGAAACUGUUUUAAUUUGGAUUCCGAUUUAUAAUCGGUUGUCGUAUCCUUCAUGUAUGCCACCUUUUUCUCCACUCGAUGUUUAUGUUUCCAUUUAAAUCAUGGGUCGCUAAAAAUAUCUAUAUCUAGAUAUGUAUAUCCUUUUACAUCCUAAAUGGGCUUUUACUUUCAUUCACAUCCUUUAAAUAAUAAAUUAUAGUACUUUCUUCAAUGUUGCAAUUAGCGAAAGCUUUGGGAUCCUAAACUGAAUGCUUCUUGUUUCUCUGUUUAGGUGGAGAGAGUAAUUAAAGAAAUCCAGAAAGUGUACCCCAGUGAUGGUCUGCUGCCGAUAUAUAUUAACCCUCAUUCCGGGAAGCCAUCCUAUCAUGCAACAGUCACUUUUGGCGCAAUGGGUGAUAGGUCAUAUUUUUUUUUUUGCUUCAUCAUAACUCUUCCUAUUUUAGAUUUAUUCACGUCAUUCAUUGCCUUUGGAAUUAUUUUUUGCAAAAGUUAAUAUUUAAUACUUUGCAGAUAAUCACUAUUGCAUUUCAAUUUUAUAACUUUUGUAUAGCAUCUGAUUAUCCCCUAUAUCAGAUUUCAGUAAUGCCCAUCCCAACUAUCUUGGAACUUUAAAUAGCAGCUGGUUUGACUCGGUUAGGAACACAUUUUUUAUUUUUCCCUUUUUAAGAGGAUAACAAAACCAAUUGGCUAUGAGUUGAGUGGGCCCCAUCUUUAUGUUAUAAUCACAGUUAAUUCCGAUGAUAACCUAUGAAAACUAUAUUGACAACAACAUUGUAUUAAUUUGUUAUCCCGCAAGGCUGAAAUCGACUCAAUGGGACUCAUAUUUUGCAGCUUUUAUGAGUACUUGCUUAAAGUGUGGAUACAAGGGAAUAAAACUGAAGCCGUGAAGCAUUAUAGGUCUGAGUUCUGGUCAUUCCCCACUUUCUCAGAACUAUUGCUUUUGUUCGUUUCAAAAAAAAUUCUUUGGUAUCCGUCAUUCCCUUUGUUGAUUGUGAUGAUCAAACCGAUGAGUAGCGAUUUAAAUUACUUGCUCCAUAUUUCUCCGAACUUUUAUGUGCAAAAACAGAGAAAUGUGGGAGACGUCAAUGGAGGGCCUUCAAAGUUUGGUUCGCAAGACAACGCCAUCUUCUUUCUCCUACAUCUGCGAGAAAAGUGGGAAUUCUCUUUCGGAUAAGGUAGCUUUCUCUCUUUGCAUGCGUAGUUGCACUCUGGCGUUUGACUGUCUGAGAGCCUUGACUCUAAAAUUGCAGAUGGAUGAACUGGCAUGCUUCGCUCCUGGGAUGCUAGCGCUAGGAUCGUCUGGUUAUGGUCCAGAGAAAGCCGCGAAAAUUCUAUCCCUUGCAGAAGAGGUACUCUUGUUGGGUAUACAUGCCCAUUCAUGAUCUUUCUACUGAAGAAGUUCUUAGAAUCUUUUGGCCUUAAAAUUAUAAAACCUUCUUAGAUGUUCUUAGAAAAUUGUUUAUAAAAAAUUAUAAAUUACAUGAGUUAAUUUAUUGUGCUUCAUAAAUUAUAAGCGUAAAACCUUCUUUGAAGGAUCAUAAAAGGUGUUAUAUAUUAAAUUGUAUCCCCAUAUUUCAUAGACAGAAAUCAUAGGCCAGAAAAUCUUUCCGUGCCGUAUAGUUGACCUUUGACUCUGGGGUUUUGUUUUUCGUCUCAUUGACUUGUAAGGCAUUAAAUCGGUAGUCCAAAAUUUUGGUUUCUACUUGAACAAUAUUAGUAAACUAACAAGAUGACUGUGCCUCUCUUGAUCAUAUAAACUUAGUCUAUUUAAGAAUACACUCAAACUGAGUCUCAGUGCUGUAGUCUUCGGAUUCUAUAAAAUCUUGAUGCUCGCACAUUGAUUCUGAAUCUUUCCAGAUUUAUUUUCUUUCUUCCUGUAACGUCAAAUAACACUAGUUUUGUUAUUUUAAUUAACCAUAUAUCCGUGAAUUCUCUUCUAUUUCUAAGAAAAGAAAUAUCUUCAUGUGCAGCUUGCUUCAACUUGCUACAACUUUUACCAGUUGACCCCCACAAAACUGGCUGGAGAGAACUACUUUUUCCGAGCUGGGGAGGUGUGAUACACAACUUCCCUAGAAAUUUUUUUUUUUUUUUCUUUUUCCUAUAUUCUUGUGCCCUCCCUCUCUCUCUCUCUCUCUCUCUCUCUCUCUCUCUCUCUCUCUCUCUCUCUCUCUUCUAAUUCCCACAAAAAAGUUAAGAAAUUCCAUUCCAGGAUAUGAAUGUGGGUACAGCGUGGAACAUUUUGAGACCUGAGACUGUGGAGUCGCUCAUGUACCUGUGGCGGUUUACUGGGAACAAAACGUAUCAAGAGUGGGGAUGGAACAUAUUCCAAGCAUUUGAGAGGAACUCUCGCAUCGAUUCUGGCUACGUUGGUUUAAAGGACGUAAGUCUCCUUUGCAGCCCUUCUCAUGCAUCUCACAUAAAUUGUCUUAUACUUCUUGCUGGGCUCAUGAUCCUCUCUUGUUGAUCUUCCCAAGACUAGUAGGUUUUCCUUUUUCUAUUGAUUCAAAAUAUGUUUAAAUCGGCUGUUAGUCUGCUAAAAACUCUUAUCAAAGCCCAUCUCCCUAGAUUCUAAGGGGAAAUCUACUCACUGAACUGCCACUUUCCAACCAAGUCCUAGAGAGAGAAUAUUACAUUCUUCCAGUUGCAAGAUAAAUGACUUUCCUUCGGUUUUGAUGUGAACUAUGUUUCAGCCAAGGGUUUUUGUGCAAAAAAAAAACUGCAUUACAGUACAUCUUCCUAGUUUUUAUGGAGGAUCUGCCCAUUUAUUGGAGCGGCCACUUUUCAAGUCGUAGAGAGGGAAUCCCCAUUUUUUUUCUGAUUGCAAGAUGAGCAGGUUGUUCUUUGGUUUUGAUUUAAAAUAUUAUUAAAUCAAGAAUUUGCAUCCGAAAAGACUGUUGUAAAGUGCAUCCUUCUGGUUUCUCAGUCGGUUCUUUUAUUAUUUGAUCAUCUAUGCCUACAUAUGGUAAAAUUCGUAUUAUGCCUCCAGGUUCUUGGCUGAUCCUUCUCCCUGCCCGAUCCUCUGUUCCCCAUUUUUAGGUCAACUCGGGGGCAAAGGACAACAAGAUGCAGAGCUUCUUCCUCGCCGAGACCCUCAAGUAUCUCUACCUCCUCUUCUCCCCUCCUUCGGUGAUCUCCUUCGACGAGUGGGUCUUCAACACCGAAGCCCACCCUCUGCGGAUCAUCACCAGAGAUGAUGGUGAUACCGCAAUUAGGGCAGAUGGGAAGCCAAAGCCCAAGCCCCCAUCCCCUGUCAAGCUCUUUGGGAGGAAGGAAGGCUGA